AGUGGCACGUUUUGAAUGGGUAAACUCGAUCCAGACCAUAGCAGCCUGCAACAAGCUACCAACACACUUUCUCUCUCCUCUCUCUCGCCAGAAGAAUCCAUAGUUUGCUUGCUAAAGCCUAAAAGCUUAAAACCUUCCUUCUCUUCUUGUUUCUGUUCCUACAAUGGCAGGCCAGUAGCUGAGUCAACCAUUACCUGACUCACUCCUGAGUCCUAAAUUAUACAAUGUACCUCCUUCUCUCUUCUUUUCUAGGGUUUCUAUCUUCUCUUUCCCCUCCUCAAAACCCCUAACCAUAAACCCUAAUUUCUCAACAAUGUGCGUCUACUUUUGAAAUUAUAACCAGAUUCAUUUGUCGAGGAUGGAUUCUUCAGACAGACCAGUGCUUGUUCCUGCCGGAAACAAAGCUAGGAUCGUUGUUGAACCUCGAAAACCCACCACCAAGAAGCCUCAACCUCAACCUCAUCCUCAGAUCGAUUCCAAAAUGAGAAAUCUUAGUGCUCCAUCCAUUCUAAGGCACGGUAAUCAGCUAUUGCGGGGUAAUUCAUCACUCAAUGCUUCGUGUUCCUCGGAUGCAUCUUCAGAUUCUUCUCACAGUCGGGCGUCUACUGGUAAGAUCAAUCGGAGUAGCGUUCCUAGGAUCAGGAGGAAGUUUGGGGUUGGUGUUGGUGUUACUACGAAGCUCGAUGUUGUUGAUCAUCCAUCUUCUUUCAACAAAAGGUGUGCCUGGGUUACGCCUAAUACUGAAGAUCCAUCUUAUGCUGCUUUUCACGAUGAAGAAUGGGGAGUUCCAGUUCAUGAUGACUGCAAACUGUUUGAACUGCUCAGCCUCUCUGUUGCUUUAGCUGAAUUAACGUGGCCAACAAUACUGAGUAAAAGAAGUAUCUUCAGGGAAGUUUUCUUGCAUUUCGAUCCAGUAUCCGUCUCUAAAAUAAAUGACAAGAAGAUUAGUGGACCAGGAAAUCUUGGCAUCACCCUACUAUCUGAAAUGAAACUGCGCAACAUUGUCGAAAAUGCACGUCAAGUGUGUAAGAUAAUUGAAGAGUUUGGAUCAUUUGACAAGUAUAUAUGGAGCUUUAUGAAUCAGAAACCUAUAGUUAACAGGUUCCGGUAUCCUCGCCAGGUGCCAGUGAAGACCUCUAAAGCAGAUGUGAUAAGCAAGGAUCUAGUAAGAAGAGGAUUUCGAGGGGUGGGCCCCACGGCGGUGUAUUCUUUUAUGCAAGCUGCUGGUUUGACGAAUGAUCAUCUCAUAACCUGCUAUAGAUUCCAGGAAUGUGUUAUUGCUGGAGAGGGGAUAGAAAAAGACAAUCAGGCUAAAGGAGGGGAGGAUAAGCCGGUAGACAUAGUUAAGCUGGAGAUUGCUAGAGCUUUGGAUGAAAUGAGCAUCUGCUCAGAUUGUUAAACCUGCAGUUUUGUUCAUAAGGCCAGAUUUCAAUCAAUAGGAGAUGUCAGACAACAGUUUAUUGUAUAAAUGUGAAUUAUUCAGUACCCUACGAUCCACAAUGUGAAUUACCCAGAAAAGGGUAGAAAAAAAGGCCUUAGGUGGGAUAGGGAUUAGGCAAGAAGUGGUGUAUCUCAGGUGGAAUUUUUUGUAUUAUUGUACAGUUUCUAUGUAUGUCUUAGUUAUUUUUAUUUAUUGCGCUUAUUUAUUUAUCUGCUUAUUUUGUUA